AUGCCUGAAGGAAUGAAUCCAUCAUCAUCGCAAUCGCUUUCACGUGGGCAUCUCUCUGUUUACAGCCGAUCGGGAGGCUCGCUGUCGGACAGCCCCGAGGACGCGGCUCGGCCCGCGCCCGCGCCACCGCCGGGCUCCGGCGAGGACAACAUCAACGUGGUGGUGCGGGUGCGCCCGCUCAGCAACAAGGAGAGCAAGGCCAAGGACAACUUCGUCGUGCAGUUCCCGGGCAACGGACAGCUGCUGCUCGAAGGGGCGCCGCUGCCGGCCGGCGGCUCCAGCCCCGGCUCGGGCAACGCUACCAAGUCGCGCCUCUUCUCCUUCAACGCCGUGUUCGAGCCCGGCGCCACCCAGGAGGACGUGCUCAACUACAGCGGCGUGCGCCGCCUCAUCAGCAUGGCCGUGGAGGGCUUCAGCUGCACCGUCUUCUGCUACGGCCAGACGGGCAGCGGCAAAACCCACACGCUCACGGGCCCGCCCGGGCUGUUCGACGGGCAGGUGGACCCACAGUCGCCGGACCACGGGCUAGUCUGCCGGUCCUUCCAGUUCCUGUUCCAACAGCUGCGCGAGCGCAGCGACUUCCACUUCGUCCUCAAGGCGUCCUUCCUCGAGAUCUACAACGAGAAGGUGAUCGACCUGCUCAACCCGGGCUCGGCGCGCAAGCCGCUCGCCGUGCGCUGGUCGAAGAAGAGCCGCGGCUUCUUCGUCGAGAACCUCUUCACGGUCGACUGCGAGGAGCUCGAUGACCUACUGGCCGUGCUGGAGGAAGGGAUGCGGAACCGGUCCGUGGGCAGCCACGGCAUGAACGACCACUCCAGCAGGAGCCACACCAUCCUCACGGUGCACAUCGCGGCCGAGAGGCAGAUGUCGGAGGACGGCGUGUUCAUCUCGAGGCAGGGGAAGCUGAACUUUGUGGACCUGGCCGGCAGCGAGAUGACCAAGAAGACCCACAGCGAGGGGAAGACCCUCGAGGAAGCCAACAACAUAAACAAGAGUCUUAUGGUCCUAGGCUAUUGCAUUGCCUCGCUGAGCGACCCAAAAAAGAAGGGUCACAUCCCGUACAGGGAUUCUAAGCUCACCAAGCUGCUAGCGGACAGCUUGGCCGGCAACGGCGUCACCCUCAUGAUCGCCUGCAUCUCUCCGGCCAAAUCCAACAUGAGCGAGUCCCUCAACACGCUGCGCUACGCGGCGCGCGCCAAGAAGAUCCGCACCAAGCCCAUCAUCAUGAUGGUGAGAAAGGGGGCUACACACUGUCAUGCUGUCGAUGUUCACCGCGGCCCGGUCUACACGCCCGCGAGGGGUCUGCAUUGGUCGUACGCGGUCGUACCGCGCGGACAAAUGGCUUAUCGCA